UCUUUUUUCAGCUCCAUUCGUAUAAAUUUUUGGGACGCGUCUAGUGAAAAACUACGUUUUGUUUCGGUUUUAAUAAUCAUUCCAAAACGCGCAAACAUCCAAAGUGCCUUUGAGCAGUUCACAUUUCCGCACGAGAGCGAAAAAUCGAUUGAAAUAAAAUGGCUGGUGGAAAAGCAGGCAAAGAUUCGGGCAAAGCAAAGGCGAAGGCAGUUUCCCGCUCAGCGCGCGCUGGUCUUCAGUUCCCCGUUGGCCGUAUCCAUCGUCAUCUGAAGAGUCGUACUACAUCCCAUGGUCGCGUUGGUGCAACCGCAGCCGUUUACUCUGCUGCCAUAUUGGAAUAUUUGACUGCCGAGGUGCUGGAAUUGGCAGGAAAUGCAUCGAAAGAUCUGAAAGUGAAACGUAUCACACCGCGCCACUUACAGCUCGCCAUUCGUGGAGACGAGGAGCUGGACAGCCUGAUUAAGGCAACCAUCGCCGGCGGCGGUGUCAUUCCCCAUAUUCACAAGUCGCUGAUCGGCAAGAAGGACGACACCGUCCAGGAUCCACAGCGAAAGGGCAAUGUGAUCCUGUCGCAGGCCUACUAACUGCCACAUACCCUACCACUGACACCCCUUUUUAAAAACUAUGAAGAAUUAAGAUUAGAGACCGAUGAAACAGUGUGCAACGAGCGAGAGAAGAGAGAGAGAUCCAAACUUACCGACGAAAACAACAAGAAAAGAAUUAUAAUUUUAAUACUUUCUGUGCGAUUGCAACGCAUAAUUAAACACAAAGGAAUCCAUAAUUAUACGUAAUUAUAGACAUCCGACUCCCCCACCCAAUCCAACACACCUCCACAGUCCUCCCGUAAAGCAUCCACACACACGCACACACACACAUCCAUAAAAUACAUACGCGCACGCAUGAUUUUUUAUAAUCUUAGCAACAACAAAGUG